AUGCCUGAAAUGCAACUGGCCUUGGAAUACGUUAGCUUGCCCACACUUGGCCCCAUAGUCCAGGUGGCUGAGGCCAAGAUCACCCAUGUAAUUCAGUUAAAACACACCCUGGAGUUAGUACCACCUAUGAGGAUGGCCCUGAAGAGCUGUAAAACAGCACUCCUCAAAGCUUACUCCUCUAUGCUGGAAGAUAACAGAUUUGAACUUAUUCUGGAGCAGAUCAAGACAGUAAUCAAUGAUGACAUCAACUACAUGACCGGCAGCCUGAACAUGCGCACACAGAAGUGCUAUGCUGUACGACCAAACAUUAAUGAGUUCUUGGAUAUUGCCCGCAGAGCAUACACUGAAAUUGUUGAUGACAUCGCAGCAUUAGUGGGUCAGUUGGGAGAGAGGCAUAGCCUGCCCCUGCGCACCAGCUUCAGCACAGCGCGAGGCUUCUUCAUCCAGAUGAGGCUUGAGGGUGUUGCUCUGCCCGGAGGACAGCUCCCCUCAGAGUUCAUCAAGGUGACCAAGUACAAGAACAAUUAUAGCUUCACAACGGCGGAUCUGAUACGAAUGAAUGAUCGCUGUGAUGAGGCCUUACGUGAGAUCUACCAUAUGUCUUACGUGGUGGUGUGUAAGCUGUUAACUGUUGUGCAUGAUUCAAUCCACUGCCUGUACAAGCUGUCUGAUGCUGUUUCCAUGCUGGACAUGCUGCUGUCUCUAGCUAAUGCCUGUACAGUCUCCAAGUAUGUGCGUCCUGAGUUUACUGACACUCUUGCUAUCAAGCAAGGCCGCCACCCCAUUCUCGAGCGUAUUCGCGGACAACAGCCUGUCUCCAAUAACACCUACAUCUCUGAGGGCAGCAACUUCAUCAUCCUCACAGGCCCCAACAUGAGUGGCAAAUCCACCUACCUGAAGCAAGUAGCUCUGUGCCAGAUAAUGGCUCAGAUCGGAUCAUUUGUACCUGCUGAGUAUGCCUCCUUUCGCAUUGCUGACCAAAUCUUCACAAGGAUUGGAGUUGAUGACGACUUUGAGACUAAUUCUUCCACAUUUAUGGUGGAGAUGAAAGAGGUUGCAUAUAUAAUCCACAACGUGAGUCAUCGUUCACUCAUCAUUAUUGAUGAGUUGGGGCGAGGCACGAGUGCAGAGGAAGGUGUGGGGAUCUGUCAUGCUAUUUGUGAAUUCCUGCUGAACAUGAAGGCUUUUACCCUGUUUGCCACACAUUUCUUGGAGUUGUGCCAGCUGCAGAGCUUGUAUCCCAAUGUGGAGAACCAGCAUAUGCUGGUGCAGCACACACGUGCGGAGGACGCUGAGCGUGUGGUAUACACCUACCUGCUCGGCAGUGGGCAAUCUGAGGAGAAGAACUAUGGCAUUAGAGCAGCAGAAAUGACUGCGUUACCAAGGACGAUCAUUCAAGAAGCCAAAGCAGUUGCUGGUAAAGUUAGCCAGAAGUUAUGGGCCAAGCACCACAGUGACUUUGACACAGUCCGUCAGCGAGCUGUCUACCACCUUGCCACACGGCUAAUCCAGACAGCGCGGAAUUCUCAAUUGGAUCCAGGCAGCCUUCGACUCUAUUUACAGGGACUCAAGAAACAAUAUGAGGAUGAGCUACAUAUAGCCUCAGCGACUACUGUCACAUAUACAGAAGAGUGAGGCUAAGAGAGAGAGAAAAUGUCUGGGAAACAGAAACAACUUGUCCUGGACAGUCUUGUCUGUAAAUGUUUGUUGAACCGAAAAUAUUUUUUUCCUUAUUUGUCCCUUGUUAUCUUUAAGUAAAAUUAAUCAAAUUACCCACACAAUCACAGAGAGACUGCCACAAAUGCAACACGAUUUCCAUAUUAGUCAAACAUAGACUUCUAUCAAAUGUACAUCUGUCAGUAAAUGUCAACUUUUCCCCUUGCUCCGCUACUUGUUGCUUGGAUGGCUACCUUGAAGGCGUGGUGCGGGGUGAGGUGGGGGUUAUUACUUGUACAUUGUACAAUACAUUGACAUUUCAUACUCUAGUGCUGAAUGUCCUAAUGCUGUCUUCAUACAUGAUAAAGUAAAAGGUUCACAACUCUAAACUUAGAAGUCCCAAUGAGUUCUGUCACAAUGAUAAAAAGUAUAAGUGAUCAUUUGAAUCUUAACAAGAACACUUAAUAACUAUUACUCUUAUUAAAAUAUUAACAUAAUAAACUAAAAGAAACGCAUACUGUGUAUAAUAAUAUUAAUUAACACAAAUAAUACAAACCAUAAUAACAAAA